GAGUAAAAUGUAAAGGGGAGCUCAUCAUAAUCAACCCCCACGCCACAUCAAGGCACCAACCCCAACUAAAAAAAUUAAAUUAUAGCAAACGUUUGCGUGUUAACAACGAUCUUUUUUUUUUAAUAUACGGAUGACAAUUAUUGAAAGACUUACAAUAGCUGUAUCACACAAAUAUGGUAGAAUUAUGGCCUCUUUUAAUUAAAAAUAAAUUAUUAUUGGCCUGUGGAGCACAUUGUAUCACAAGUGGGAUAUGCAUGAUUUUAAAAUUGUUAUAUAUUUUUAAUUUAGUAAUUAUUGAUACGCCCUGUACAUUGGAUAUUAUAUUGUAGAAUUUUUAAUGAUGUAUCACAAAUACGGAUUAGCUAUUUAAUUUUUUUAGUUGGUGUUGGUGCCUUGAUGAAGCGUGGGGGUUGUUUAUGAUGAGUUCCCCUUUACAUUUAAGUUCUCCCUAGAAACGGCGUUAACCAUUUUUUGGUAUCAUGUCUUCAUUCCAAUAAACUACGGAUGAAUAGUCAAAUGUACUCGCUGUAAAAUUCGUGUUCAGCGAAGGAACUAAUUAAAUUGUAGUAGCAGCGACUUUCUUCAUAUACUUAUGUAUUGACGGUGUAUAAUUUCAUUGAUAAAGUGUCACACAAUUUUGUGAUUUUAUGGUGUUUAUGAAAACAGGAGUUUAUGAUUACGAAUAUCUCUUUUUACCGAAACGUAAGAUUCUGCUUUGCGUAAAGGUGGCUGUAACGUUAACCAGUAUAUUGGCGGUAUUGGCAAUAAUAAAUGUUCAAAAUACAGCGAUGAGUUCGCCCUUACAUCACCUAACACUGCAAGAUCUCUCACCAUCGGAUCGACAAUACUUAGAUUAUUUGAGGAGCGAAGCAAUACGGCGUAAACGUUCCGGAGAUAUUUUAGGCUCUGUCAAAUCAAAGCUUUCACAUGGUUUUAAAUCGAAGCUAAGCGGAUUGACCUCGGCGAGCGCUCACGCGAGUUCGUUAUUUUCGGGUGCAAGCGGAAGUAAAUUUUCGCAUUACCCGCCGCCGCCGCCGCCAAUCGAUGAGGAGAAGAGUUUUAGUUUUUGGGAUUUACAAAAGGCCAUUUUCCGGACACUCUUUCAAGCUGCCAAGGCAAUUAAGGGCGGCCUCCUAGCUGUUAAGGGACAAAUUAUUAAAGGAUCCGGAUACCUUAUUUCGGCGAAAGGAAAACUAAUCAGCGCGAAAGGAGAAGCCCUCUCUAAUAUAGGAAAGCAGAUCGCAUCUACCGCUGUAUUGAUCAGUCCAGUGGGACAUAACACGGCGCCUUCAGGGAUAGUAGAACCAGUUUACAUGUCACCACCUAGCGGAUACAGCGGUACAAGUGGCCCUAGUGCAACUGGCGGUCCAAGUGGGCCUUCAGGUCAAAGUAUAGAUGAUUAUCAUGCACACCAUUACGAACACUCGCCACCAGGUUCAGACGAGCACAGUUAUCCAUCAAGUUUCGAAGCUUAUAAAGAACGACACCCGAAAUCAACAAAUCAAGGUAUAUUAAUAGUGAAGAAGAUUCCGAAAGUGAAAGGAGACGACCAUAACGGUAAUACUGGUGCACAUAACUUAUUGGAAACGCACAAACCAGUAGUAGAACCUCAAGAAAUCGCCUAUUUACCUGAUGCAAAAGACACUCCUCCUAUACAUCACCACGUUCACAACCAGGAAAUACCUUCACCUCCCGAGGAACCUAGCCAAGUGUAUCAGGGGAUAGCUUACCCGUCACCCGAUACUCAACUAUCCCAAUUUGUGCACGAUUCCAGUAGCUUGCAACAAUUUCAGGGGCAAGGAUUCAUUUCACCUGCAUUUGCACCGCAUGACCAAAACUACCUAAAAGACAUCCAGCAAAAUAGCGCAGCGUUGGAAACCUACAACCCAUUAUCAUUACCGGGUGGUUUUCCCAGCUUUAAUCUGCAAAACGCCCCAGCUGCAAUUAAGGGCUUAGAACAUUUUCCAUCGUAUCCCUUAGACUUGCACAAUUCCUUUGACAUGGAGGGACAAUACUCCACCCUGUUCUCAGAAAAGCUUCUACCACCACCACCCCGCAAAGCACCCUCAAAUCCGACAAUACUGACAAAACGGGUUUAUAGUACCAAAUCGAUUUCUAGACCAAAGCCAAAUAAACAUAAAUCCGUUACAGUUUGGUUAAAACCGUAGGACAACUUGGAGACUGACUAACGAACCCUGACAUUUUGGAGUAGCGGAGGUCCCGCCCAUUCCUAUUAUGACGGUAGCUCCUAUUAUAAAUAAGACUGCCAAAAGAGGAUUAGUUUUGUAAAUACAUUUUCUUAUUCUUUUUGUAUAUUAUUUAUUGUUGUUAUAUGUGUACAUCUAAUAAAAGAUUAUUUUUA